CCUUGUCACACACUUCACAUGAAUAAAAUUCAUUUCUCUGCCUCUCCGUGACACAUGCCUCCUGCGUUGUGGUCUCUGCAAAAAUGUACAUUUGGUUCACCGUUUUAGCCGGACUGGCUCUUCUGUCCCUCUCCUUCAUCAGGACACUUUUCCCGUACUUAGGCGAUGACUGCGCGUACAUCCUGAGGAGCAUUAAACUCGGCAUCAGGCUCACCAAGUACAAGAAAGGCAAACAGUUUUACAGCGUCUUGGACUGCUUUUUGGAUGCAGUGAAGAGCCAUCCGAAUAAGAUCUUUGUGCACUUUGAAGGGCGGGAGUAUACGUAUGGAGAGGUGGAUAAACAGAGCAACAAGGUGGCCCGGGCUCUGCAGACUGAAGCCCGGCUGAAGGAGGGGGAUGCGGUCGCCUUGUUUCUGGCCAACGAGCCCAGUUUCAUUUGGACUUGGCUCGGUUUGGCCAAGCUGGGCUGUCCGGCUGCUUUGCUCAACGUUAACAUCAGAUCAAAGUCUCUGCUGCACUGUUUCUCCUGCUGCGGGGCAAAAGUGAUCAUUGCUUCUGAAGAGCUGCAGGGAGCUGUGGAGGAGGUUCUACCGACGCUGACGGAGCAAGGCAUCAGUGUGUUCCUCCUGUCAGAGGCCUGCAGCACCCCGGGAAUCAACUCUUUGUCUGACAAGAUCUCCCAUGCCUCGGAUCAGCCAAUGUCCCGGGACCUCCGGGCCAACGUCACCAUCAGGAGCACUGCUCUGUACAUCUACACAUCGGGCACCACAGGUUUGCCUAAAGCAGCCGUUGUCACCCAUGAGAGGGUUUGGGCCGCCUCCUUCAUCCAGGCAGCGUGUGGCAUCACAUCAGAGGACAUCUUCUACAUCAACCUGCCGCUCUACCACAGCGCAGGCUUCCUCAUCGGGAUGGUGGGAGCCAUCGAUAGAGGUAUAACUAUUGUUCUGAAGAGGAAGUUCUCUGCCUCUCAGUUCUGGGACGACUGCAGGAAGUACAAUGUGACCGUGAUGCAGUACAUCGGGGAAACAAUGCGCUACCUCUGCAACACACCCAGGAAAGACAAUGAGAGGAACCAUGGAGUGAAGGUCGCCAUCGGUAACGGAGCCCGCACUGAUAUUUGGACAGAGUUUCUGGAUCGCUUCGGGGAGAUUAAAGUCAGAGAGUUGUACGCUGCCACCGAGGGAAACAUCGGCUUCAUCAACUACACGUCCAAGAUCGGAGCCGUGGGGCGGGUCAAUUUCGUCCACAGGUUUUUCUUCCCGUACACUUUGAUCAAGUUUGACACUGAGAAGGAGGAACCUGUGAGGAACUCUGAGGGUCUGUGUAUCGAGGCAAUCGCAGGUGAGACGGGGCUCAUGGUGGGGAGGAUCACUCAGAGGUCUCCCUUCGUUGGAUACGCUGGCAACCAUCAGCAGACCGAGAAGAAGAGGCUGCGUGACGUGAGGAAAAAAGGCGACCUGUACUUCAACACCGGAGAUUUACUCCGGUUUGAUGAGAUGAACUUUGUGUACUUUAUGGAUCGAGUGGGUGACACUUUCAGAUGGAAGGGAGAAAACGUUGCCACAUCAGAGGUUGCAGAUAUUCUCACAUUGGCUAACAGCAUUUUGGAGGCAAAUGUCUACGGUGUUAAAGUUGAAGGUCACGAGGGGCGGAUCGGCAUGGCAGCUGUCACUCUGAAAGAAGAAGACUUUGAUUGUUUGCACGCCUACAAGCAGGUCGUCAACUACCUCCCCGCGUACGCAAGACCUCGAUUCAUCAGGAUUCAGCCCUGCCUGGAGAUGACUGGGACGUUCAAGAUGAAGAAAGUGAAAUUGGUGGAGGAGGGAUUCGACCCGGCUCACAUCGAAGAUCCUCUGUACUUUUUAGAUCCGGAGAAGAAGUCGUACGUUCCCCUGACGGAGGAAAUCUACAGAGCGAUCGGUGCAAGGGAAAUCAAACUCUAACCUCAUCAUUGAACAAGACGAUUGUUUACAAAGAUGCAACAUUUCAUUCAUGGAGCUUGUUUAUAAAAAUGAACUAAUCUCAGGAACGGACGGACUAUGAAGCGUUACGUCAUGUUUCAAUAACCUAAUUUUACUAACAUUUUUGAUUCCUCAAGUUGACCUCAGCUCUAAAUCUCAAGAAUAUGAAAGUCAUUUACACUAACUGUUUGUCUCUUUUUUGAUUUAAAUACCCCUUUUAGAUCAAAUAUGUCUACCUCCCGAAUAUAGAAAAUUGUGCAAAUCACCAUUAAAUCCUUCUGUUGACCCGGAAAGAUCUUUAAGCUGUUUUAAAUUAAACAUAUUAACGUUUUUUUCUUACUUCCCCUCGCAAGGUAAACUUCCUUUUCAGCAGUUUCUUACCCAAGCUGUACGAUGUGAAAAAUAAAUGCUGCCCAUAUCUUUUCUGCGGUUUGUUUGAUAUAUAUUUUGUCCGGCGAGACAUUCAUCCACAGUCAUAUGAGAGCUGGAUUGUAAAGAAAUUGCGAUCCCCGGACCAACUCUUCCCAUACAUCCUGUACCACAAAGCGUACGAAACAGGCGAAAACAUGGAGUAUCUUCAGAUACAUGUUUACUUGAAUAUAUUAUAUAUUAUAAGCAAUCCUACACUUGGACACUCAGGCCAAAAGGAGCGACUCAAUGUAGGCUUGCAAGUGGGAAACAUCCAAGAUUUUGAGGGAAGAAAUCUUUAUGACUUUCCAUAUUUAACGCGUCCACUCCCGACUUUGAGAGAGCAGAGGAGCGUCGAUCGUUAAGAGUCUCUCUCAUCACCUCCACAGCGUAAGACUCCUCUGUUUCUGUCACUGCCGAAGAACCACAACUAAACCUCAUUGGCAGAAAAUGUGAAUAUCCAGGGUUUCAAGUAGAGAUAUGGCAGGUUAGGGCCCUAAAUAUUAUAAUAGUGCAUGUGGUAAUUACCUGAAAAUCAGCCUUGACAAAUGUGUGUGAAAUGAUUAUAUUCUUGUACAUUUUAUAAAUUAAACAGAUUGACCCCCAAAUAA